AAAUAAACGGAAAACAUUGACGCGCGCAGUAGUUUAGAGCAUGAGGAAGUCUUCCUCCAUGUUUGUUUGAGUGACGUUGAGGAGGCUAUAAUUUAGCCUAGUUGUUUUCGACAAAUUGAAUUCAAAACAGAGUCAACAAUGACGGAAAUCACCGGACUACGGGUUUUGGUUGUUUGUGUUUGUCUUGCUGCGAGAAUAAAUGGUCAGGUGAAGCCACAACCGGAACAAGUUCAUCUUUCUGCCACAGGCAAUGUGACGGAAAUGAUUGUCACAUGGAGUACUUUUGAAGACACUCCGUCAAUGGUCCAGUUUGGGACGACAAAACCUGAUCAGAACGCCACAGGAUCCAGCACUAAGUUUGUCGACGGUGGGGUUUUGAAACGUGCACAGCUCAUCCAUCGAGUCAAACUGACGGGUCUGACACCGGGUACAAAGUAUGUUUAUCGUUGUGGGAGCGACGAAGGCUGGAGUCCGCUAUUUUUCUUCAGUGCGCUCAAGGACGGGACUGACUGGACCCCUCGCCUCGCCCUGUACGGUGACAUGGGCAACGUGAAUGCUCAGUCAUUGGGUCGCUUGCAAGUAGCCGCGCAGGGAGGAGAAUACGAUGCCAUCUUACACGUUGGAGAUUUUGCCUAUGACCUUGACAGCGACAACGGUACGGUUGGGGAUGAGUUUAUGCGCCAAAUUGAGUCUGUUGCAGCCUAUGUGCCAUAUAUGACGGUAGUUGGAAACCAUGAAUAUGCAUAUAAUUUUUCCCACUACAAGAAUCGGUUCACAAUGCCAUCCUAUGACAGCAACCAGAAUCUGUGGUAUAGCUGGAAUAUUGGACCUGUUCAUUUCGUGAUAUUUUCGACGGAGGUGUAUUUCUUCACAGAGGAUUCAAAGCAGACAAAAGUCAACCAGUUGAAGUGGCUUGAAGAAGAUCUCAAGGAAGCAAAUGAUCUGAAGAAUAGGACAGAACGUCCAUGGAUCAUAACCCUUGGACAUCGGCCUAUGUAUUGCUCGGACAUCGCUGGGGACUGUACCAAACGGGUUAGCAUUGUGCGAGCAGCUUUGGAGGAUUUAUUCUAUAAGUAUGGUGUUGAUAUGGAGAUCUGGGCCCACGAGCACAACUAUGAGAGACUAUGGCCAGUCUAUCGAGAAAAGGUUUACAAUGGCAGUAAAGAUGCACCAUACACAAAUCCAAAGGCACCUGUGCACAUCAUCACUGGUUCGGCGGGAUGCCGAGACCGUCAUGGUAUCUUCUUUUUGCCCAAGCCAUGGGAUGCUUUCCGCGCCAUUGACUACGGAUUCACAUUGAUGCAGGUGAUCAACAAGACUCACCUAGCUUGGCAGCAAAUCUCUGAUGAUAAGCACGGGGAAGUGAUCGACAAAGUGAUGCUUAUCAAAGACAAACAUGGACCAGAAGCCUGGCUGUAAUCUUGGCAGAGGACGAUCACGAAUGAGCAGCUGUAUUUAAGGAAAAGGGAAACAUAUUUCUGUUGCGGUUUGUUUUGCUGCUCGCAUCAGUUUAUUUAUUGUGUUAUUGGAAGAGGGAAAUAUGUAACCAAGAACCAUGCAUACUUAGCAUGCAUAGUUAGUUAUCAGAAGUCCUUAUUUAUUCCUUGUCAUUAAGUGUUGUUUCUCACCUUUUUUUUUUUUUUUUAAUUGUAUGAAAAAGGAAAUAUUGUUCAGUGUGUGAAACAGCUAUACUUAAAAGUUCCAUUGUUACAAGUUACAUUAAAAUGUGAUAUAUGAGGUGUUUUGGCAAAAUGAGACAGAACUGGGCAGAGGUUGAAAUGAGGGUUUGCAGAUAGAUGUAUUAUAUACAAGAACGAAAUGCUCCUUACAAGACUGGUUGUUGCAACCUCAAUCAGAUAUUCCUCUUCAGUGACAAGUUAUGGCUGUUUAAAGUUCUCAUUUAUCGACAUCUCAAGAAAGUAAAAUCCUGAGAAAAGGACCUUAAAAGUUUCGAGUUUUGUAGUUUUGGAUGCGAAAGAUGCCAACUGUUUUUUCCUUAAAAACACUUUUAUUCCACGAUUAUUAUACUAUUUAAAAUAUUUGUAAUAGACAUACCAAAGAUUACAAAAUAAUAUCAAUAAAUCUGAAAAUCUAAAAACAAAUCAACCCAUGCGUUUUGUUUUGUUUUUUGCAAUUUGUUUUGGCCUGUGCCUAGUUCCAUUUCAUUUUGCCAGAACAGCUCACAUAUGCCAAAGUUGGUAAGCGUAAUGACAAAGUUUAAUUUAAUAUAGCUACUUGAAUGUGCAAAUAUAUAUUUUUUGCAAUAGUUAUGAUACCAACGUUUCUGCUUACUGAGGAUUAUGAUGUUUUGGGGUUUUUUAAUCACAAAAAUAUGUCUUCGUAAAAUUUACAAAGCGCACAGAAAUUGGCAAUGUUUUACAUAAGUGUUUUAUUUUUGUUCAAUUAAUUAUACAAGAUUUUGUUUUUG